AUGAAGGAAUAUAGAAAGAACAGCGGGUGCCUUAGAUACUUGAUUCACACACGGCCAGAUCUCUCUUUCACCGUUGGUGUUCUGAGAAGAUAUAUGCAAGCGCCUAAACGAUCUCAUGAAGCAGCUUUGAAACAGAUCUUGAGGUGUCUACAAGGGACACAAUCAUAUGGGCUUGAGUUCGUGCGAUCGAAUGAGACAAGAGUAUUGGGAUACAGCGACAGUAGUCAUAACGUGGAUGAGGACGACGGUAGAAGCACAACCGGACAUGUCUUCUUCUAUGCCGACAGUCCUAUUACAUGGUGUUCUCAAAAACAGGAGACAGUUGCAUUAUCAUCUUGUGAAGCCAAGUUCAUGACAGCGACUGCGGUAGCUAAACAAGCUAUUUGGCUUCAAGAGUUUCUCGGAGAGAAAACUAGAACAGAGUGUAAGAAAGUGAUGACCAAGAUAGACAACUAA